GACGAGGUGCGGGUGAUAAAUGAGGAAAAGGAGCCACUGGGGAUAAUGAGCUUGAUGGAGGCACUGGACAUGGCGGAUGAGGCAGACGUGGAUGUGGUGCUCAUCACUCCUGAUGCUGACCCGCCGGUCGUGCGGCUGAUCCAGUACUCCAAAUACAAAUUCGAGCAGGCCAAGGCCUCCAAAGAAGCCAGCAAGAAGCAGCGGGAGGCACGGCAAGACUUGAAAGAGUUGAAGUUCAGACCGAGCACAGAUGUUCAUGACUACCAAGUGCGCUUGAGGGCGGCUCAGAAAUUCAUCGCAAAGGGAGACAAAGUCAAAUUGACCUUGACAUUCAAGGGACGUGAGAUGCAGUUCCAGGAGAUUGGCAAGGAUUUGUUCAAGAAAUUCGUGGAGGACGUUGGAGAGAAUGCUGUAGUGAUUCAGGAUGCUCGCAUGAUGGGCAACCAGAUGACACUCUUGCUUUCACCGAACAAGAACCUCAGAACUUGA